ACAUUGAUCUAUACAUUUUCUAAAUACAUUCUAUAGCUGGAACGUAUCAUUCAAAACUCUGUCCAAACACUUAAUUUAUCACUGACCCCAAUAAUUAAGUUUUAUCAUUAACAUGAUGAUUGAUUACUAUUGAAGAUAACAUUAAAAUUUGUAAUGUUAUUGUCAAUAUUGUCAUGGUCUUUAUUUUAUUUCUGCCAUUUCUUUGCAUUAUCUUCCAACUAUAAGAGUAACCACUUCACUUGUCAAAAUUCAUCACACACCACAAACAGAGAAGAAAACAAAAACCAAAGCUACAGUUUCUCUAUCGUAUCGAAGAUGGAAGGCAAGGAAGAAGACGUUAGGGUUGGAGCUAACAAGUUCCCGGAGAGACAACCAAUAGGAACUUCAGCUCAGAGCGACAAGGACUACAAUGAGCCACCACCAGCGCCGCUUUUCGAGCCUGGUGAGCUUUCUUCAUGGUCCUUCUGGCGAGCUGGUAUCGCUGAGUUUAUAGCUACUUUCCUCUUUCUCUACAUCACUGUUUUGACCGUCAUGGGAGUUAAAAGGUCACCGAACAUGUGUGCUUCCGUCGGAAUCCAAGGUAUCGCUUGGGCCUUCGGUGGUAUGAUCUUUGCUCUUGUCUACUGCACCGCCGGUAUCUCCGGUGGACACAUCAACCCAGCGGUCACUUUUGGUCUGUUCUUAGCCCGGAAGCUGUCGCUCACCAGAGCUCUGUACUACAUAGUGAUGCAGUGCUUGGGAGCCAUAUGCGGAGCUGGUGUGGUUAAAGGGUUCCAGCCUAACCAAUACCAGGCUCUAGGAGGAGGAGCCAACACUGUGGCUCCUGGAUACACCAAAGGAAGUGGUCUUGGAGCUGAGAUCAUCGGUACUUUCGUCCUUGUUUACACAGUCUUCUCAGCCACUGACGCCAAGAGAAACGCACGUGACUCUCAUGUUCCCAUUCUUGCACCACUCCCAAUCGGCUUUGCGGUUUUCUUGGUUCACUUAGCAACCAUCCCAAUCACUGGCACAGGCAUCAACCCGGCUAGAAGUCUUGGAGCUGCAAUCAUCUACAACAAAGACCAUUCCUGGGACGACCACUGGGUGUUUUGGGUUGGACCCUUCAUUGGUGCUGCACUUGCUGCUCUUUACCAUGUGAUUGUCAUCAGAGCAAUCCCCUUCAAGUCCAGAAACUAAGUUAAAACAAAACAUCAAGUCCUCUGGUUUCUGAUCCCGUGUCCUAAGUUGCUUCUAUUGUUAUUCCAUAUGUGUAAAAUGUGUGUCUGUAUGAACGUAUGUUCCCUCUCCUUUGCUUAAUGCAAUCAAUGUAACUUGUAAACAAUGAAGAAUUUCUCAAAAGUUCAACAUAAACCAUUCUUGAAA